CAAGGCACAUCACAUAGGUCCCUAUUUAAGCCCCGCCCCGUCCCGUGCCGUGGACCAAUCAGCGCCCCAAUUUCCAUGGGGCGCGCGCCCGCCGCCACCCCGCUAAGAAAGACCUCAACGCCGCCACCCGACUUCAGGGCACUAACACCAGAGCAGCUGCGUGCGCGGGUACUCCUGUUCUUUGAAGUGACGCUGCACUCACGUGCUAGAAACGUGUUCUAGAACAGCGUGAUAAGAUAGCUGAGUCUUUGGCCUGUUUUGGCUUGUGUUGUGGCGUUUGCAAGUUUGGAUCCUGCAGCAGCAAACGUGGCUCUUUGAAGGCGUCAGCUCUUCAAAUAUCUGCCCUUCAAUCUUCAAGGCAACAUCUCUUCGUGAGAUCAAGCGGCUUUCACCGAGGUCAAGCUCGUGACCUGGUGACCUGGCAGUGACCUGUCAUGACCUGGUCACUUCCUGACAGUCCUGACAGUGGUGUCGUGCUGGAGGACAGAUUCACCUGUGCGACUGUUCCCAUCAAGACAUACAACAUAUCCGACAGCAUGACCAGCCCACGGAGAAACACAGGUGCAGUAGUAGAACAUAGUGAACGGCUCUACCGCGACGUGCGGCUGGACGGUGGACAAGUGGAAGAAGUUGAUGCUCCACAGCAGCAGCAGGAUGCUGAGAAUGUGACGUCUCUGGUCAAGGUAGAGAGUCCUGGCAGCUGCUACGAUAUAUAUGGCGGAUUCACGCUAAAAUCAGACUCCGGAGCCGACUUCUCUGCCGGAAGUCCGCCACUAUGCAGCCCUCCGUGCUCUGCCUCGCCCUCCUCCCACUCCUCCGCCCCUCUACCUCCUCCCUCUCGCCUCCUCCCGCCCUCUCCCUGCCAACUUCCUCUCUCCAAAAAGCGGUGUCGUCGCGCGCUGACUGACGAAGUCUGGCGCCGUCGAAGGGAAGGAGCCAACUGUCGAGAGAGACGAAGGAUGCAGAGGCUGAAUGAGGCCUUUGACCUCCUACGGCAGCAUCUUCCGCAAGGCAGUGAAGCGCAGCUGUCGAAACAUGAGACUCUGCAAAUGGCAAUGGAGUAUAUCGCAGCGCUGCAGAGACAGUUGUGAGUGUGGUGGUGGUUGGAUUUGACGCGGUGGAAGAAAAUGUUGCAAGGGAAGGACUUGGUGGGAAAGGUUGUUAGAAGGAGGGCAUUUGACUGUGUGAUUCUCAGGUAGGCAUUGUGUCAUGUAUGCUUGGUGUUCAUCAGUGUUCAAUUCUUUUUACGUCGUAUGAGACAACGUGAUGCGUUAACUAAUGUUGUGCCUAGCUCAGAGAUUGAUUCGCAGUCUGACGUUGCGUUGGUGUGCUGACUUGUUGUAGCCCCUAGCUGGUAAUGCUGAAAUGGCUGCGUGGUGACCAGGUUUCCAGGUGAAACGAAAAGGCUUCAUCGCGGAGCAUUUGACCUCACUAAGUGAAUCGUUCGUCGGUGGGGUUUGUGUACUACUGAAGUUACCGUGGCAACAAAGAUGCUCAGGAAAUCGUACCUGAAAAGACCAACUGUCAGACUGUGGACUGUAGAUACACGUACAUAUUCCUGUUUUUGCGGUGCCAGCAAAUGGCGGCAUUGACGCUAUUUACCUCGUGAAAGGCAGCCAAAGGUCAAACCUCAUUUUGCUCAACAUCACUCUGUGAGUGCAAUGCUAUUUGACAGUGCCCAGGACAUGGCGUAGAAAUGAACGUUUGUCGAUGUUUGUGUGUGCUGUGAUCUCGUGUCUGCCAUAUAUGGGUCCGCAAAAAAUUCUUUCCAGGAAUGCAUCCGGAUUGA